GUUAAUGAUGAACCAUCGUGAAACCGCUCCGUGGACCUUACAGCAUGAAACUAAUGAAUAAACACGCUUUUUAACACGUUUAUCUUUUUUUUUUUUAAGCUUCCAGUUUUUAACAAAUGUGACAAACUAAACCCGCGGAGCUGAGGCAUCGCUAAUGUGAAGUUUCGGCUGUUGUUUUCCCAACUCGUCGGACUGGACAAAGGGUCGCUCGGUUUGUCUCGGCUUGUAUCGGCUUGUAUCGGCUUGUGGGAGUAAUCGUGUGGAAAUGGACCGAUACCGAUAUUUGAUGCUUGCCCAGGGGCGAAUGCUGGUGCUGGGCGUGCUGCAGAUCGCGUGCGCGGGGCUGUGCGUGAUCUGCGGGGUCAUGGACGCGGUCUUCAGGAAGGACACCCCGCUGAGCACCACCAGGACUCCGAUCUGGGGAGGAAUGAUCAUGGCUGUUCCAGGUGUGCUGGCUCUAUUUGCAUCCCAGAGGAAAAACCACAUCCUGGUGAGCGCUCUGAUCCUGUGUGCCGGCCUGUCCUGUGCAGCCUCGGUCUUCGUGUCGGGGUACUCCUGCCUCACACUGACCUACGGAGAGGAGGACACCCAGGUCUUCCACCACCACAAAAGCCCCGAAGUGAGGUUCGUCCUGCACCGCCUGGUCAAAGGAGCCAAUGUCACCAUCCUCCUGAGCUGUGGGCUGGGCCUGCUUCUGUCCUCCGCCAUCGCCUUUCUGUCCUGCCGCAGCCUGCCUCUCUGUGCCUGCUACGACUACACUACUGGACUGGAGAGCCUGGUUCCACAGUGCGAGCCUGGGGACACAGAGCUGGUGUGCACCUGGAGAGCAGGCGACAACGACGACGAGCGCUUGUUCAACUCUCCGGCCCAGAGCUCAGAGCGGAGCAGAGCUGAGGAGGAGGAGCAGCAGCAGCAAAGCCGGUCCACACCGCCCCCGUACAGCAGACUCACCUGACAGACCCCGCCCACAGAAAACUCACCUGGAGAAACGGGCUCUAUCCACGCUUACGUCACAAACCAGGAAGACGUUUGGAAACAUGUGGCGACAACUUCCGGUGUAGUUCCCGACACUGGGCUCCCCGACCGACUGUGAUCAAACCCGUGAUCAGCGGUAAAAUGAAGACUGCAGACGUAUUUGCUGUUUGGAAUCAUCUGGAAUUCAGCGCCCUUAUCUCUUCUAAUCGCGUGUACCCAGCGAACUCAGAGUUGUGCGUCAGUGGGCGAAUGAUGAAAACUGAGGUGUGGUUGUAAUUGUUGAUUCGCCAAACGCUACAGUGACAUUUAAGAUGAAGAAAACUGGAACAUUUUCUCAUUUUCCUACAUUUCCUCAGAUUUACCACCACCGGAAGUUGUCAUCGCGUGGUUCCAAACGUCUUCCUUUGAAUUUGAGUUUGAAUACCUGAGAAAGCACUACCAGCACCUUGGUAUUGAAUCAUUUUACUGUUUUUAUUGUGGUAGAAACUGAAUUUAAAAGGCGAGGCAAGUUUAUUUGUAUAGCACAGUUCGUACACAAAGUCGGAGUGCUGUACAGCAGGGGUCUCCAAACUUUUUCCUCCGGUGAGCUCCUUUUACAAAACAAAAAUGCCAGAGAGCUACUAGUUUUAUCGGUCACAAGAAAUGCAGUAUACAUAAGAGCCACGGCAAACCUUAGAUGAGGUGAAGUUACGUGAAAAAAAUAAAACAUAACCCAUUAUUCACUUAUUAGUGUUUAAAGUUUGGCAUCAAAAUGACACAUACAAUGGUAACAAGCAUAUCAUUUUCAAUUUUGGUAACACUUUAGUUUAGAGACCAUAUAUUAAUAGCUAAUUAAGUGGUAAUUGGUAUAGUAAUAAGCUGUUACUUAUUGUUAUUAUUUAGUCUUAAUCAAACAUUUAAUAAUGCUUAAGAUUUUAGUGUAUGCACAAAAACAUCUAUUGUAAUCUCCUCUACUUUAAUUGGAAGAAAAUAGUUCAUGCAGUGAAAGUAAAUAGCAAUAAAGAUGUAAUUAAGUAUUUAUUAUGCAUUUUACUAUUAACUAGCUAUUAAAGGUUGUAUAGAAGAUUUUCCAAAUGCAGCGACUGUUUGUCCUUUUUCAAAUGUCGCGCUUCUCUCCGCUUCCCCUUCAAAAACAGACUUUAUUUUGCGGCGAACUGGUCGCGAAUUCUUGUCUGACAUUACAACAAACUUUGUGCAAACUGAGAGGAAGUUACAGUUCAAAAAAGACGCUAAGAACCGCUGUGUUGGUUGAGUAAACAGAAUCAGUGCGUGAGAGGCGAAUGUAAACCACGUAAUCCCAGCGCGCCGGCAAGUCAGUGACGCUAGAAACGUAGAGAGUUUGAUUUACAACCCAACAGCCAAUAGAUAAAGAGGUAGCCUUGUUAUCUAUUGGCUGAUGUUUAUCUGCCCUCACCACAUCCACAGUUGAUGGAUUUUCAUUCUUUUUUUUUUGGUCAUCUUAAUUACAAGGCUGCUGCAUUUCUAUCAUUCUAUUUUGAACUUUCAUCGACAAUUUGAAAUAAAACAAAAAAAAUCCUCCAUUCAACCUUUAAUAUGUGACCCUAAACUACACAGAUUAAGUGUCUAAUAAAGUGUUACCUCAAAUUUGACUUAAUCAGCACAAUACGUGUAAUUCAGAAAUUCUUUAUCGAGCUACUUGGAAGGGGUUGGAGAGCUACUGGUGGCUCCCGAGCUACAGAUUGGAGACUCCUGCUUUACAGAAUGUGAUUUUAAUGCAUUUCUUAAUGAAAACAAAUCAAAAACAUGAAUGAUCAUCAUAAAAUUAAAGUGGAAGAGACAUUAAAUGAGGGAGAAGAGUGCAGAAUGAAAAUGUAAUUUUUUGAGCCUGGAUUUAAACAGAGUCAAAGAUGAGGUCUGUCUCACAUCUUCAGGUUUUAGCUGCGUGAGUCUGAAACUCUGACUCUCUGUGUUUAGUCCUGACUCUGAGAACCAGCAGGAGGCCGGUCCCUGAUGAUGAUGAUGAUGAUGAUGUCAGAGAUGUAAUUUGGUGCUCAGCCAUGUAGAGACUUGAGCACAGGACUUGCCUACUCGUACUGAUACAAAUUAGUACCAGAGCUGUAGCGUUCUGGAUGCACUGCUGCUGUCUUUGUCUGCUUUAGACAGUAUACCCUUUGAUUUUUUUCUAUGUUUUUUUUUUUACACUAAUAAUAACACAAUGUCAUCAUAGCUGUGACUGAUACCAGCGCCACAAACCGUACUCCCCUCACUUACUGUAUUUUCCAGACUAUAAGUCGCACCAGCCAAAAAAUGCGCAGUGAAGAAGAAAAAAACAUAAGUCGCACCGGACUAAGGCGCACUUUUUGGGGAAAUGUGUUUUUUAAAAUCAGAGACCAGGAACUGACAUUUCAUCUUGAAAGACAAGUUAUAGAAAAACGGCACAACACAGAACAAGACACUGAAUGGGCGUUAAUAUGUUAAUGUAACAUAUUAAUUCAGAUAAUUAAAGCAUAAACAACAGAACAUAAGUUUACCAAACUCACAAUCUCACUCCAAAUCACUAAAUCCAUAGAAUUCUUCAUCCUCUGUGUCACUUCUGUGCGACCUCUGAGGAUAAACCAUAGAUCCAUGAUGCAAACAGAACGCCACUUCCUCUUCUGUGUCGCUGUCGUCAGACUCAGCAUCAGUUCCAGUUAAAAUUAUUCCGGUCUUUCUGAAUUCCGACAGGAUGGUUUCGAUUGUCAUUGAAAUUCAGGCUUUGUCGGUUCAUCCAGUGACUUCUAGGAAAGUUUCAUGGUGCAUCCUCCCGGUUGCAGUGAAGCUGUGUUCUCCAUCCCCGCUUUCCCCCAGUCCCUCACAAGUUUCUCGCUCUCUCCAAACUUUCUUUCUGCUGCUCGAUUACCAUUUUCAGAUGAAUAUUUCACUCUUUGUAGCGAGACAGCGGCUCUUUCUACAGGAGGCAUGCACAGUAGAGCCAAGUGACAGUGGAACAUGAGUAAAAGUAGUACUAGAUACUGACACACAAGCCUAGAGCGCCCUCUCGCGGCUGUCACUGUGAAAAUUUUAAUAUAUAAGUCGCGCCGGAGUAUA